CAAUUAAAAACUCGUGAGAAACUAAACACGAUGAUUAUAAACACGUGAUAUCCAGAGUAGAAACUAGAACGAUACAUUGAACCCAGCCCAACCAAACCCAGACGGAGGCCAAGCCAACAAUUUUGCACUGCAUCGUUUGCCGGAACAUAAACACAACUCACGCUCACCGUUUAUUGAAGCUACGGGAGAAUGCAAUAAAAAAAACAAAAAAUACGAAGUCUUUUGAGGGUAUUUGAACUACUGCACUGCCUGUAAGAUUAUUUUCAGAAUUUCGACGGGAAUGAACGUCAGCAUGGUAAAAGAAUAUUCUGGGGAAAGUAGGCGUUUGGAGCUGGCAAAAUCCUCUGCUUUCUACCGCAGGAUAUAUUCAGAGGUAGAAGAGAUUGGAUGGGAACGCUUACUGAAAUUGCAGGAUGAUCUGACAUCUCUUAGCUUCCGUCUCAUGGAUAAAAAAGGAAGAGCGCAUAUUCUGGAGAUAACAUUAGAUAAGACCUAUCCCAAAUGCCCACCUGCAGUGUCAGCGGAUGUGCCAUACAACUUUAAUUUAGAAUGGCCGAGAAACUCAAGUUUAAGAGAUGUUGUCCGGCAAUUUCAGGAGGUACACGCUGAUAAAUUUGUUUCACACAUGGACAAGCUCCAGGAUUUCUGGUCUACCUUGGAUGAUAUUGAUCGAUCUCUUUGGGUCACUAAUCCAAAACAGCCAGAUCUUGCAACAUCCUAUCGCCAAAUCAAUAUAGGAAAUGAUUGCUACAUCAUGCUGUCCAUAAAUGCCAGUGAUCCGCGAGCCUUACCAGAGUGUCGCUUCAUGGGUGCUUAUCCAAAAGUUAACUUGCUGAGGGAAAUUUGGAGAAGAAGGUGCAAACUAUGGACGAAAGACAAACCAUUCCCUAUAAAUCUUGCGUGUGUUUUGGGCAUUCAGCUGCCUCAAGCUCAACCUGUCCAAAAGAAUGAGGAGCAAAUAGAAUGCGGCAUUUGUUAUGCUCAAAAUCUUCCCUUAGAUGAUGAACUUGGUACAAAGAGUGGGAGCGAAACUGAUUAUAAAUGUGAAAAUGCAAACUGCAAUAGAGCCUUCCACAGCAUUUGUCUUGGGGACUGGCUCCGUUCUAUCACAACCACAAGGAAUUUUCAUGGUAUCAGAGCUAGGUUCAUACAUCUAGCAAUUUAUGGCAGAAUUUCCGGUCAACAGCAUGGGGUCAGUCACGUCCGACGCCCCGCAAGUUGAAACAGAAAACUCUCCCAUAAUUGGUUCAAAUGGGAUUGAAAACUCGUUUAAGCUCACAGUCGAGAAGUUGAACAGGAAAAAAUUAUCGUGAGUGGACCCAGUCAAUUGAACUGGUGAUUGAUGGAAGAGGGAAACUAGUUUAUCUUACCAGCGAAACGAAAAGUUGUUGAUAGGGCUUGAUAAGGCAUGAAUUUUGAGAUAGGAUGAAGAGCACAUGAUCUGGUUGGUUUUCUGAGAGCAAUUGGUAGAUUUUCAUUUGGAGAUCCGUGUUUAUUAGCUAAAGUUUCAUUAGGCCACAUCACCGGUUCCGACUCUUUUGGUGUCUCGGGUGCGAGGUAUUCCUUUGACUUUGAUUUUGGCCUUCUUGAGUAAACAAGUGUUUCCUUAUCGCUUUGUUUAUUUGCAUUUCUCCUAGAUUUCAAGUUUUUUUCUGUACAUGGUAUAUUAGACUUGACAGGUUUAGUAUAUGUUGGCUCGGAGGGAGAGAGAUAUUAGCCUUUCAAUCUCCUUUAUUAUGGAAAGAUUUAGAUGUCUUUCCAUAAUUCACGGCUUCUUACAACAACCCAUUAUUCUACCUACUAGCUCAUAUUCUGAUGUACGUGCAUUUAUUACCGCUACAGUGUAGAAUGUGUUG